AUAAGAGUGUAAACACAGUCAGCUGAUCAGAGGAGGGGGGAGGGGGGUCGCUCUAUAGACUACCGCCACAACUGGGAGUCGUCAGUCAGUCUACUGGCUUCUCUUAGAAGGUAUCGUCCAGUUCAGCAGUUGUUUAUCUACGAACAGUACAAAGUGAGUUUUGGUGUAACAAUUCUAUAUAAAGAAAAUAAAACGGUGAUAAAUGAGAAUGGUGGUGCUUGAGAAUUCUCCCAACGCAAAAAUGAAUAAAAGUGUCCUUAAUCGUUUCUUGGCAUUGCCCCAACCAGAAGACAAAGUCCAGGCAAUGUAUGUCUGGAUAGAUGGAACAGGAGAAGGUCUCAGGGCUAAGACAAGAACAUUAGACUUUAUUCCAACUUCUAUUACAGAAUUACCAAUUUGGAAUUAUGAUGGAAGUUCUACAAUGCAAUCAGAAGGUGUCAACUCUGAUACAUAUCUUUACCCAGUCGCAAUGUACAGGGAUCCAUUUAGGCUAGGAAACAAUAAGCUAGUUAUGUGUGAUACCUACAAGUAUAACAAGAAACCUACAGCAACUAAUCACCGCCAUAGCUGUCUGGAGGCAAUGCAAAAGGCAGCAGACCAAAAACCAUGGUUUGGAAUAGAACAAGAAUAUACCUUAUUAGAUAUGGAAGGAAGACCUUUUGGUUGGCCAAGGAAUGGUUACCCAGGCCCACAGGGACCAUAUUAUUGUGGCGUUGGUGCCAACAAAGUCUACGGUCGCGACAUAGUUGAGUCUCAUUACCGAGCAUGCUUAUAUGCUGGAAUCAACAUUUCAGGAAGCAAUGCAGAAGUUAUGCCUUCUCAGUGGGAGUUCCAAGUAGGACCUUGUGAAGGUAUUUCAAUUGGAGAUGAGCUUUGGAUGGCUCGUUUCAUCCUACACCGCGUUGCAGAAGAGUUUGGAGUUUGUGUGACACUUGAUCCCAAACCAAUGCCAGGAGACUGGAACGGUGCUGGUGCCCAUUGCAACUUUUCCACCAAAGAGAUGAGAGAAGAUAACGGAAUCAUACAUAUCGAAAAUGCAAUAGACAAAAUGUCUAAACAACACUUGAGACAUAUAAAAGCUUACGAUCCAAACCAAGGCAGGGAUAAUGAGAGGAGGCUGACUGGGCGCCACGAAACAUCUUCCAUUCACGACUUUAGCGCAGGGGUUGCUAACCGAGGUGCCAGUGUGAGGAUUCCAAGGCAGUGUGCUGAAGACAAGAAAGGAUACCUAGAAGAUAGAAGACCAUCAUCUAACUGUGAUCCCUACAGCGUAACCGAGGCUCUUGUACGCACAGUCUGCCUCAAUGAAUAGACUCAAUACGGACAUGUGAUAUAAAUAAGGUGGAGGCAGAAAAAGACCUGUUAUAUUGCAUUUUGAACAUUAGAUAUAAUAUUUUAGUUAUCAUUACAUACCAUAUUUUAUAAAUUAUGAUGGAACAAAAAAUUAUAUAAUUAUAAUAUAUACAUAUCUAUAAAUUUGAGUAUUUUAAUAUUAUUUUUUUACAUAAAUUAUAAGUCUAUUUAAUUAAAUUUAAUUGUUUAAAUGCUUCACAUAUUAGAGUAAAAUUACUUUGUAAGUGUUAUGUACAAUAAAUGUUACUAAUGUUUUAUAAAAUAUUGUUUUAUUUGAAGUAAUCACUGAACCUUAAUUUUAUAACACUAUUUACAAAGAUCAAUUUUUCUUAAAUUAACUUUUAAUUGAUUAAAAAUUAAUGUAAGAAUGAAUUUAACAGUAUUUUGCAAUGCUGAAUUGUUGUUUAUUCUUGAUAAUUUCUUUUAGCUCCAGAAAUUUAUCAUCACCUAAAAUAAAUGUUUACAGUUUAAAUCUAGAAUUAAAGCUCAACAAUUAAUUGGAAUCCCGAG